AUGGAGGAGGUCAGGAGUGGGCUGGAGGAGAGCCCGGACGGGCCAGGAGACUCUCUCUCGCAGGAGAAGAGGUCAGAGACUGGGCCUCAAAACGAUGUCGCCUUCUCCUACUCCGAAGAAUGUCCCUGGGUCCCCGCCGACUCGCCAGAGAACAUCCGCAUCCGCCUGAUAGAACUGGACCCCUCUCCCCAGGCCUUCGCCCGCAGUGACUGCAAAUACAAGCAUCUCCUCUGGAACAAGGAAUCGCCCACCAAUCCGAAGCCGGAUCCGCUCACCUGUCGCAUCUCCUGGCAUCCACUGAGCACAGUCAAGCCCUUCAAAGCUCUGUCCUAUACCUGGGGGGAAAGCAUCUUUACCAAGCCGAUCAUGGUAAACGGGAAGAAGCUCCUCAUCACCCCGACAUUGGAGACUGCGCUCCUCCAUCUCCGCCAUUCAUCCGAGAAGAUGACGCUGUGGAUCGACCAGAUUUGCAUCGACCAGAGAAACGACUCGGAGAAGACGGAGCAAGUCAAGGAAAUGGGGCGGAUCUAUCGCGCUGCCGACGAAGUUCUGGUGUGGCUCGGGCCUGCAGCCGACAAUUCUGACGCCUUCAUGGACGUUUGGAGAAGAGUAGGCAAGCGGGCCGAAGACUGGGGAAUGAUGGGCUACUACACGCGAGAGAAUUUUCCCACUCUCCAGCGAAUCAUGGGCCAAGCCGAUCCAGAAGACGUGAAAACGAGGGAGUUCCUCGAAAUACUGAGGGAAUGCACGCCUCUGUUUACACUGCCAGUCCUGGAAGGAAUGGCGGCCUGGUACGCCCGGCCUUGGUUUACAAGGGUAUGGGUGCUUCAGGAAUUCGGUCUGGCGGCGGCUCCAACAUUCAUUUGCGGCGACAGAAGAGUGACAGGUGAUCAAGCCCUCCUUGCCGCACAGAUCGUGGGGCAAUGCAUAGCCCACUGUCUAGAACAUUUUCCGAACUGGCCCGAGGACAGGGACAGGGUGAUAGCCUUGGUACAAUCCCACGAUCCGGUUCAGCCUUUCUUUGCAGCGCGUCAACGGAGAAUGGGUCGGGAUAUUGGCACAGGCACUGGAGAUUCGCUAUAUCAACUCCUUCAAAAGCUGUUUGUCGACAACAGGAUGUUCGCCACGGUUUCCUGCGACACCAUCUACGGGGUCCUUGGGAUUGCCAACGACGCCGAGGACCUCAAGAGGAUGGGAAUUGAGGCAGACUAUUCUCUCAAAGAUCGACCGGAUCUCGUAUUCAUGCGGACCACGAGAGCCAUUCUGCAGAAAGGCGAUGUCGAUGUCCUUGCAUUGUCUCAAUAUCCCAAACGGCUCAGGGACGCUCUGCCAUCCUGGGUGCCCGAUUGGACCUCGUCCAUCCAGCGGUCCUUCGCAUGGCAGGCAACGUCUGAUCUCUUUCGGUUCUACUCCGCUUGCAAAGGCAAGCCACUGGAGCUGACGGAGACAAACCAUGAAAAGGUGCUUGGCUUGAAGGGGUUUCGUGUAGACGUCGUCGAGGAUGUUGCCGGAAUAUGGAACAUCGCAGGAGAAGCUGCAGGGCUCCACGAGAAGCGACUCACAUACUUGGCGCAAAUUAGGCUUCUCUGUCGAUUGUCACACAUGAAGGAUAAGCCGAUCUAUCCCUCGCUCUCCAGAAGACUAGAGGCAAUAUGGCGAAUUCCCAUAGGUGACAUCGAGGAGGACAAUAUUGAAGGGUCGAGGCGAGCAACGCAGGCUUUGGGAGCCCAUUACGAGACCUGCCUGAGGAACUUGGAACACUUCGAGCAAUGGAAAGCCUACACGCAAACGGAAUUCCAACUCAAACACAAAGUGUUUGAACAGUCCGAAUUACGGCACACGAGCGGCAUGUACCGCCUGUGCAUGGAUAGGAUGACGAACAAGCGGCCUUUUAUAACCAAGGACGGGUAUGUGGGUUUGGGUCCGCGCUGUAUGACCCCCGGCGAUGUGGUGGUGGUAUUCUGCGGUGCAACAAUUCCCUAUGUGAUACGCCCGAUGGAGGAGGGUUCGUUCAGGUUCAUAGGUGAAUGCUAUUGCGACGGCAUCAUGGACGGGGAAAUCGUUGAUCAAAGGUCGAAGGAGGACAAGGAGGACUUCCUCCUGGUGUAG